CGAAGCUUUGUAUCUCACCUUAAUCCAGUGGUAAAGGGAAGACGAAGAAGACGAAGAAGAAGAAGAAACCAAUCGGAACCGUCCAUAGCCUGCGAUGAUCGAGCGAGAACCGUCGGAUCAAAAAGAGCGAGAACCGUUCUUGGAGAAGAUCCCGAGAUUCAAAGAAACAGGCACGGAAUUCACGAGCAGUGGGACCCGCUUCGUUUGGCCUUGGAUUAUACCCGUCUUCGUCGUUCGGUCUCUUCGUUUUCCAACGUUCGUCUGCUUUGCGCCGGUGAUCAUGUGCGGAAUUCUGGCAGUCUUGGGUUGCUCCGAUGACUCGCGGGCCAAACGCGCUCGGGUGCUCGAGCUCUCUCGCAGGUUAAAGCAUCGCGGUCCAGAUUGGAGCGGGCUGUACCAGCAUGGAGAUUGCUUCCUGGCACACCAGCGGCUGGCAAUCGUCGAUCCUGCUUCCGGCGACCAGCCUCUGUACAAUGAAGACGAAACCAUCGUCGUGACGGCGAAUGGAGAGAUCUACAAUCACGAAGAACUGAGGAAACGAUUGCCCGGUCACAGGUUCAGAACAGGCAGCGACUGUGAAGUUAUCGCGCAUCUGUACGAGGAAUAUGGCGAGGGGUUCAUGGAUAUGUUGGAUGGGAUCUUCUCGUUCGUGUUGCUGGAUACGCGCGACGGCAGCUUCAUUGCUGCUCGAGAUGCGAUCGGAAUCACUCCUCUCUACAUCGGCUGGGGACUCGAAGGCUCUGUGUGGAUAUCAUCAGAGAUGAAAGGACUGAAUGAUGAGUGCAAACGCUUUGAGGUCUUCCCUCCGGGGCACAUGUACACCAGUAAAGGAGGCAGCCAUGAGAGAUGGUACAAACCACCUUGGUACGUGGAGGCAAUUCCAUCAGCCCCGUAUGAUCCCCUUGUUCUGAGAGAGGCGUUCGAGAAGGCUGUCAUCAAAAGGCUCAUGACUGAUGUCCCAUUCGGAGUCCUGUUAUCCGGUGGCCUUGAUUCAUCACUGGUUGCUGCUGUGAUUUGUCGUCACAUGGCCGGAACGAGAGCUGCAGAGCAAUGGGGAACCCAACUCCACUCCUUCUGCGUUGGCUUAGAGGGCUCGCCGGAUCUGAAGGCUGCGAAGGACGUCGCCGAUCACCUGGGAACCGUUCACCAUGAGUUCCACUUCACCGUUCAAGACGGAAUUGAUGCGAUCGAGGAUGUGAUCUAUCAUACCGAGACGUAUGACGUGACCACGAUCAGGGCCAGCACACCCAUGUUCCUCAUGUCUCGCAAGAUCAAAGCGAUGGGAGUGAAGAUGGUGAUCUCCGGCGAGGGGUCAGACGAGCUCUUCGGAGGCUACUUGUAUUUCCACAAGGCACCAAACAAGGAAGAAUUCCACAGGGAGACAUGCCGCAAGAUUAAGGCGCUCCACCAAUAUGAUUGCUUGAGAGCUAAUAAAGCAACGUCCGCAUGGGGAGUGGAAGCCCGCGUGCCCUUCUUGGAUAAGGGAUUCAUAGACGUCGCAAUGGGCAUCGAUCCAGAAUGGAAGAUGAUCAAGCCUGAUUUGGGGCGGAUUGAGAAGUGGGUACUGAGGAAGGCUUUUGACGAUGAGGCGAAGCCAUACCUGCCAAAGCACAUUCUGUACAGGCAAAAGGAGCAAUUCAGUGAUGGUGUUGGCUACAGCUGGAUCGAUGGACUGAAAGCCCACGCAGCAGAGCAUGUGUCUGACAAAAUGAUGCAGCACGCAGAGCACGUAUAUCCAUAUAACACCCCUGCCACGAAAGAAGCCUACUACUACAGAAUGAUCUUCGAAAGCUUCUUCCCACAGAACUCUGCGAGAUUGACUGUUCCCGGGGGUCCGAGCGUGGCGUGCAGCACCGCCAAGGCGGUGGAAUGGGACGCGCGGUGGUCGAAGAACGUGGAUCCCUCGGGCAGAGCUGCUGUGGGCGUGCAUGCUUCCGCCUAUGACCCAACCGCGCCGUCUCUUCUCGACGCGAAGCACAGAAUGACAGAGGUGAAGGCUUCAGGGCUCACUGGUUGAAAUCCUUGCAUGAACUGAAUGAAAUCACAGCGAGGUUGAUGAUAUUGCUCUACAGACAUCACAACAGAAACCAUAGGCAGUGA